AUGGGUGAGCAUGCAACAAAAGUGGGGGCCAAGAAGACCCACCUCUACGGUAAAGGCCGCUGUGCCACCAUCACACAUGUCAAGAAGGUGGUGGCCAAUUUUGACGCCUUCAGUCGCUUUGCCGUCAAGGACUUUGAUCUUGACUGCCCUCCCCAUAUCAUCAAACUCUACGAUUGCUUCAUGGAAGCCUUGUCCACCAAUGAAGUCACCAUGUGGGAAAACACCACUGACAUGACCGAUGUGCCAAUGGGCAUCCUUCAGGUGCCUGGUACCAUUGGGAGCAUCAGACAAUCAUGA